AUGAUGCCUCUCGCACCGACACCUGUGGUCGCGGUGCCAUCGAAACCGAAAAUUGGAUUUAGUAUAGACAGUAUUGUGGGUGCCGAGAAACAAACUUCGCCGCCGCUCGGCAGUCCCGGGUCGCCUUCGCCCGUCGCUUCACCCCGGAGUCCAUCUCCGAGACCAUUAUUGCGGCCUAGCGCCUUACCAGCUAUGUUUCCUUCGCCUGAGCUGAAGAGGCUACCGUAUUUAGACGCUCAAACCCAUCACCACCAGUUCUUAGCGCAUUUUCAAGGCGCGGCGCUAGCUGCGGCCCUCGCUCAUCAGCAGCAAGGGUUUGGGGCGCCCCUACCUCCGCACCCACCUCCUCACCCCGCGGCCCCGGUGCCCAGGGAGUCGUAUCAGCUGUACCCGUGGCUAAUCAAUAGGCAUGGAAGGAUUUUCCCGCAUAGAUUUCCUGGAGGGCCAGACAUCCCCGGUUUCCUCCUGCAGCCCUUCAGAAAACCGAAGAGAAUCAGAACAGCCUUCUCACCUUCACAACUUCUUAAAUUGGAGCAUGCAUUUGAGAAGAACCAUUAUGUGGUCGGGGCAGAGAGGAAACAGCUGGCACAGGCUUUGAGCUUGACAGAGACACAGGUAAAAGUGUGGUUCCAAAACAGAAGAACAAAGCAUAAAAGAAUGCAGCAAGAAGAAGAAGCAAAGACUGGCAAGUCUAGUUCCUCUGGCAACAAGCCUGAUGAGCAUUUCAACAACUCAUACGAUGAAGAUGAAGAACUAAUAGAUAUGGACAUGGAUGACCUUAGUGAAAGUGAAAAUGAAACGUAA